CAAUCUCCACCUCCAAACACACCAUUCCACCUUCUCUCUUCUCACCCUCUCUCCUUCUCUUUCUUGCUCUGCUCCUGCAAUGGCUGCCGCAGCGUCCACUGCUGCAACACCCCUUUUGAAAGAUGAGCUUGAUAUUGUGAUUCCCACCAUUAGAAACCUUGAUUUCCUUGAGAUGUGGAGACCCUUCUUUGAGCAGUACCACCUCAUCAUCGUCCAAGAUGGUGAUCCCACCAAGACCAUUCAUGUCCCAGAAGGCUUCGACUACGAGCUCUACAACCGCAACGACAUUAACAGGAUUCUGGGUCCUAGGUCCUCCUGCAUUUCCUUCAAGGACUCUGCUUGUCGUUGCUUUGGUUACAUGGUCUCCAAGAAGAAGUACAUCUACACAAUUGACGAUGACUGCUUUGUUGCGAAAGACCCAACAGGCAAAGAUAUCAACGCACUUGAGCAGCACAUCAAGAACCUUCUCUGCCCAUCAACCCCAUUUUUCUACAACACCCUUUAUGACCCUUACAGGGAAGGUGCAGACUUUGUUCGUGGCUACCCUUUCAGUCUCCGUGAAGGAGUCCCUACUGCCGUUUCUCAUGGCCUCUGGCUCAACAUCCCGGAUUAUGAUGCUCCCACUCAGCUAGUGAAACCUCGAGAGAGAAACUCCAGGUACGUUGAUGCAGUUCUUACCAUACCAAAGGGCACCCUUUUCCCCAUGUGUGGUAUGAAUUUGGCCUUCGACCGUGAGCUCAUUGGCCCUGCAAUGUACUUUGGUCUCAUGGGUGAUGGCCAGCCAAUUGGACGUUACGAUGAUAUGUGGGCCGGGUGGUGUGUCAAGGUGAUAUGUGACCAUUUGGGAUUGGGAGUGAAGACAGGUCUACCAUACAUCUGGCACAGUAAAGCGAGUAACCCAUUUGUUAACCUGAAGAAGGAAUACAAGGGCAUCUUCUGGCAGGAAGAUAUUAUUCCAUUCUUCCAAGCUGCUACUCUUUCAAAAGAAUGCACCACUGUCCAACAGUGCUACAUUGAACUGUCUAAGCAGGUUAAGGAGAAACUCAGCAAGGUCGAUCCUUACUUUGACAAGCUGGCAGAUGCCAUGGUCACAUGGAUUGAGGCUUGGGAUGAGCUUAACCCAGCUGGAGAUUCAGCUAAAGUGGCCAAUGGAAGUGCAUAAUUGACAUGUUUUUGGUUAACUUAAAUCCCAUCAUUCUUAUUUCACAUUAGUUUAUUUGAAUUAUUACACAGUCAUGUAUCUCUUUUUUCUAUAUUGUACUGGACCCACGUGGCCAACUAUUGAAUUUGCAUUUUGGUGGGGGUGUAAUUUUGUUUAUUAGCUUCAAUCUUGUGAGCUUACAGCAAUAAUAAAAAAAUAUAUAGUUGUUAUGA